UUUACUGAAGGACAGAACAAAAAGCAUUGUCAUGUUUCGUUUCAUUAUCUUUGAAUUACAAUUAAAAGCUGAGAAAUGGAAAGCUUUUAUAAAUUUUGAUUUUGAAGAGUCUCUCCAAAAGCUGACAGCUAUUAGAUUGAAAUCAUCAGACAAUAAGCAUCAGCAAGAUGAAGACUGCAUCUUCGUUGAGUCUUCUGUUUUUUAUCUAUCUGGGAUCUCAGGUGUCUUCAACAGAAACCAAAGACCCUUUCUUUGAGCUCUUACCUUCUUCCAAGGAGUUCCAGUCGAGCGCGGUACGCCGAGCUCUGGCCGUGAUUAAGUUUGGACUACAGACUCUGCGAAGAGAGGAAACUAGUAUCAAGCAUGCAGUCAGACUUGAUACCUUAGGGUUUGUCCGAAGCGACAAACAAAACUGCAAUUUCACAGAUGUUGAAUCUAACUUUGCCGAUUUGGUUGAGGCUACCGUAGACUUUGCGAAUGACGCUGCAACCUCCCUUGAGUCUAUUGCUGACCAAGUCAAUACCUGUGCAAUCACAGGUUUUCCAAAAAGUAUCACUUGUUUCUUGAAACUGGCAAAGAACUGUCAACCAGAUAUACAGGCUAUUCAUGAAGCUCUGCAGGAGUAUACUCCACAGGCACACAUGCUGACAAAAAAUAUCUUGCGAGAUAUUGUUAAUUGUUACCAUUGGUAAAUUGUAAAUUUGUAAGACUAUUGAACUUAUUAAAUAUGUCUUCGCAUCUAUC